UUCGAUGACGACAUUCAUAGCCAUAGUGUUUGUCUUAAGAGUCAGAAACAGAGCACAGACUCUAUUGAAGUGAUUUUAGUGACAACUAUUGAUAUAUUGGUUUUCAUAGGUUUUGAUGAUUAGAUCACUUGUUAAACAAACUAAACGAUUGACAAACAGAAAAAGUCUUGUAUUGUCACCACAAGUGCAUCACUUAAGGACUAACGCAAUGAGUAAUAAUAUAGUGACCAUUGAAGCGACGGCAAAGCAGACGUCAACCAUAAUUUUUUUACACGGAUUGGGUGAUACCGGCCACGGAUGGGCUGAUAGUAUCAAACAUAUAAAGCCGUCGGAUACUAAAUGCAUGUGUCCCACAGCUCAGGUGAUGCCCGUCUCACUGAACGGUGGUUUUCCAAUGCCCUCCUGGUUUGAUCUGUACUCACUUGACACGGAUAGUAGAGUUGAUGAAGAAGGCGUCAAAAAGGCCACAACUUAUGUCCACCAGUUGAUAGCUAAUGAAGAAAAGGCUGGAAUACCUGCCAAUCGGAUAGUUUUGGGCGGAUUUUCACAGGGAGGGGCUCUUGCAUUGUAUGCCGGACUUAGUUAUCCGAAACCAUUGGCCGGAAUACUUGCUUUUAGUUGUUGGUUACCUAAACAUGAAGAAGUUGUUUCAGCCAUUAAAAACAAAGACAUUCCAAUUCUUCAAUGUCACGGAGAUGCCGAUCCCAUUGUUCAACACCGUUUGGGCCAAUUGACAGCCACUGUACUCUCCAAGAAACUAACUAAACAUCAAUUCAAAACAUACAGAGGAAUGGCUCACAGUUCUUGCAAUGAGGAAUUAAGUGAUGCAAAAAAUUUUAUAACCACUUGUUUGUCCAAUUAAUCAAACAUUAUAUAUCUUUAUUUAUUAAGUUAACUCUUUUAUCCAAUAAUUACAAAUUG